AUGGAUUUGAACGAGUCAACGUCAACAAUAAUAACCAUUUCGGAUGAUUCAAUGGACAUUUCACAAUUAGCUUCACCAUCUUCACCAACCCCAUCAACAUCAUUAGCUCCAUUUUCACCAUCAGCUUCAACAGCAUCAUCAGCUUCAACAUCAUUAUCUGCUUCACCAUUGCCAUCAACUUCUCAAGGAAACAAUCUAAUCCCAUUGAUUCUAAUUGAGAAAAAAGGACAUGAAGAUUGUUCAGGAGAAGCAGAAAUAUCUAAUAUCAGACUAACAAAAGGAUUAUUACAAGAAGUGGAAACUGAUGGUUAUGAAACUGACAACGACGCUCCAUUUUCAAAUAAAUUCAUAACAAAUGAAGAAAUAUGGGAUGUAAUAGAUAAUAACGCUGGAAUUCCUGAUAAGUUUCCAAAAUGGGAUCAUAAGAAUAUUUUUAAAAGGCUCUCAAAAUCAGAUAUGAGAAAUCCGGAUACAAGAAAAAUUGCAAAUAUCAAAUAUAAACAUAUGCUGCAAUUUAAAACAUCAGAAGACUAUAAUUACUUUCAUCGCCCGAUGAAAGAAAAGCACAUUAUUAAAGAAGCAUAUGAUAUAUGGGUUCACCCAUAUAAAGAAGGAGAUGAACACAUCAAAUAUAAUAAAAAAGAAAAAGUAUGGGUUUUGGAGAAAUUAUUGGGUGAAAAUACAACAAAAUGGAAACAUCGUACCAGGACAUUCACCAAAAUAUUGCACAAGGAUGAUGCGAAAAUACAUGAAGAAAGAGUGUCUUAUGACCUCUACAAACGAACAAGAGCAGCGGCAUUGGAAGGAAACGAAGAUUAG